AGCGGGAGGAGGAGCCGCGCCGCGCCCGGGCAGCGGAGGAGCCGAAGAGGGCGCCCCAGCCAAGGCAGGCAGCUACUCCAGGUAUGUGCGGUAGAAGUCUUGGACGGGCCCCGGCCUGUCCUGUGAGGAUAGAACAUUCCAGGAAGCAGCCUCAGGGACCCAGGGCUUCUUGAGUGUGGGCCCUCAGGGACCCGGGUGUCCAGACCAGCGCCACCCCCGCCCUGUCUGGGAGAUGAAUGGGCCAUGGAGGAGGUGGCUGCCCCUUCCCUCCCCUGAGAUGUCAGGAAAGAGGGGACCACCUGUGUCCCCCACAGGGGCCCCCCAGAGCCUGGGGGCCCCCAGCACUGGAGCCUGGAGGUGGAGGAGGUGCUGACAGGUGCUCGGCGAGAUGCUCCCCAGCCCCUCCUGCUCCCUCCCCAUCCUCCUCCUUUUCCUCCUCCCCAGUGUCCCAAUGGAGCCCCAUCCCCCACCCUUACCACUGCCCCCAUUUCUAGCCCCUGAGUGGGACCUCCUGUCUCCCCGAGUAGUCCUGUCCAGGGGUGCCCCCGCUGGGCCCCCUCUACUCUUCCUGCUGGAGGCCGGGGCCUUUGGGGAGCCAGCAGGCAGCCCCGCCAACCGCAGUCGGCGAGGGGUGAGCGAGAGGGCACCAGCAAGUCGCCGGGGAGAGCUGGCGGUGUGUGAUGCGGUCAGCGGCUGGGUGACAGACCGCCGGACAGCUGUGGACCUGCGUGGGCGUGAGGUGGAGGUGCUGGGCGAGGUUCCUGCGGCUGGAGGCAGCCCCCUCCGCCAGUACUUCUUUGAGACCCGCUGCAAGGCUGACAGCGCCACCGAGGAAAGUGGCCCUGGUGGGGGUGGGGGUGGGUGCCGGGGCGUGGACCGGAGGCACUGGGUGUCUGAGUGUAAGGCCAAGCAGUCCUACGUGCGGGCAUUGACUGCUGAUGCCCAGGGCCGUGUAGGCUGGCGAUGGAUUCGAAUUGACACUGCGUGCGUCUGUACGCUCCUCAGCCGGACUGGUCGGGCCUGAGGCCCAUGCUCAGGAACUGGGCAGGCAGAGGAAGAAGACAGCUGGAUGCUGAGGGACCUCAGGGGUGGCCUGGCUGCCCUGGGCCUCAGUUUGGGAACUUGUGAAAUGGUCACAAAAUCACAGCUUUCUGAGUUGGAGAGCUCAAUCGAUGUAAGACAGGUGGUGAAACCAAAUGGGGCUUUGAAGGAUGAAUAGGAGUUCUUCUGGAUGAACUUGAGGGUGAUGAUGAUGAUAAUACUCAAUAUUUUCUGAGUGUCUACUGUUUAUCAACACUAAUACACAAUUUUUCAGAUCAACUCUGGUGGAUUUAACCAUCAGAGGAACCUCAGCUUCUAAGUUGCUAACCACUUGAUUUCAGAGGACAUCUUGCUCACCCUGGAGAGAAUGACAAGGAAGUGAUAUGUCAAGAAGUGGGUGGGGGAGUGUAAAAACGGACACGUGAGAGGACGCUAGGUUCCUGGCCAGGAGGAGACUGGGGGCCCAGGCUCCCGUGUCUGCAGGAGAGGCCUGGGGGUCCAGACACCUGCUGAGAGAAAAGUGGAUUCGGGGCGUGGACUCCUCUCUGACUGAAGGAGGAGGGUCCCCGAGUCCCGGGUCUGAAAGAAGAGGGGCCAGGGAACCUCGAUG